AUGGCUUUCUUCAGGAGAAUAUUCGGUGCGGUAGCUGGAUUUGCUGUGCUGCAGUCUGUCUAUGCUGGGCUUGAUCUGAGCUCAAAUUCCACAGUUGUGGUAUACUGGGGUAAGUUGGAUAUCCUCUGGUCUCUAGAUAAUAUGCAUGGUGUGAGUGUUUGUGCUGAGAAAGGCUACUGUGCAGAUUCCAACAUCGAUGUCAUAGUCCUCGCCUUCCUGAUGACUAUCAAUGGACCCGGCGGUGCACCGGAAAUCGACUUCUCAAUAUCAUCUCAAGGGUGCACGACGUUCAACGGGACGAACUUGAAAAACUGUCCUGAGAUCGGCGAGGACAUAACGAAAUGUCAAGCCGCCGGCAAGACAAUCCUCCUCUCCAUCGGCGGCGCAACCUAUAGUGAGGGCGGGUUCGACUCUGCAACCGCGGCCAACGCAGGGGCGGACCUUCUCUGGGCGACGUUCGGCCCAGACCAGAAUGAUACGAAAAUUCAUCGGCCCUUCGGAAGUGCCGUCAUCGACGGGUUCGAUUUUGACUUUGAAGCUGCAGUCACAAACACUGGGGUGUUCGCAACGAGACUGCGCGCCCUCGCGGACGCGGACACUUCGAAGAAAUACUAUCUAACCGCGGCACCGCAAUGUCCCUACCCUGAUGCUGCAGGCAAAGACAUUCUGAACACAAACAGUUCUGCCGCGAUUGACGCGGUUUUUGUACAAUUCUAUAACAACUACUGCGGCGUAAACGCCUACACUCCCGCUCGAAACACGCCUGCUGGCGCCCGAUCCAAAGCCGGAUACAAGCUUAGGGCUCGAGAAGAUCGGUACGGCCGUCCGCAUCGCAACUCAGGCUCGGGUAACCAAGCUGCGGCGAGUAACUUUAACUUCGACGUGUGGGACAAUUGGGCUCUUACGCAGAGCAAGAACAAAAACGUGCGCGUGUUCCUGGGCGUGCCGGCUAAUACGGGCGCAGCAAGCACGGGGUACCUGCCCAUUGCGAGUCUGGAGCCGGUAAUUAGCUACAGUAAGGGGUUUGAGAGUUUCGGAGGGGUCAUGAUGUGGGAUGUUUCGCAGGCGUAUGGAAAUCCGGGGUUUCUAGACGGGGUUGCUAAAGCGCUAGGAAAGGGCCUGACCGCGCAUGCUCCUGUGCAGGAAUCUCCGCAGCAGCAACAGCAGCCCGCAAUUGAUGAAGCGCAACCACCUUCGGCACAGCAGGCCCAGGAUGCCAAUGAGUCAGUGGAUACAAGUCCCCUACAGCAGCAACAGCAGAACGCAGGUGGCGAAGGGCAAACUCCAACACAGCUGGGCCAGGAUGUCAACGAGUCAUUGGAAACAAGUCCUCCGCUGCAGCAACAGCAGGAAGCAGGUGACGAAGGGCAAGCUCCAGCACAGCAAAGUCAAGUUGCCUAUGAGUCAGUGGAUGCAAGUCCCCCGCUGCAAAGUCCCCCGCUGCAGCAACAGCAGAACGCAGAUGACGAGGGGCAAACUUCAGCACAGCAAAGUCAGGGUGGAGAUGCGCCUGUAACUACGAGUCCCCCGCUGCAACAAGAAGGAGCAAUACCGGCCGCUCUGCAGGAGACGACAGAGGCGGGAGAGCAGCAGCUGAACCAAGAUCAGGCGGACGAUCAGGAUCGGCCCUUGAACCUUCUUCCUUCGAUUUUCGACCCGGACGACGAUCUGGACUGGAUUCAGAUCUGAUCUACACAUCAUUCUUCUUUUUCUUCUCCUUUUUUUUUUUCUCCCUUCUCAUGUCUACUUUUCUGAAUCUAGUCAUACUAUAAUGAUGAAUGGUAUAUACCUUUUGUGGAUAUA